CGUCUACUCUCUCCUCUUGGCUCUCUUCUUGAAUCCUCUUUCGAAAAGGCAGAACAUUCAGUCUUUUGCUGAAAUAAAGGAAGAGGCGGCCGACUUUUUUAGAAAAGAGGUCGAAUGUAUGAGAUCUGAGUGCGUGAAGACCACUGAAUCGAGGUUUUAGGAAGGUGACCCAUUUAGUUGAGAAACCUCAGUGAUAUUUAGCUCUACGCCUUUUUUAUGUUUAUUUAGUUCAAGUUGACAUACUUGCCUCGUCUCAACGGUGAAAAAUGAUUAUCGAUCACCCAGAACUAUUGAAGCAGUGGUUAACAGGCUUCCUAGCACCUCUGUGUGAUGCUGACCCAGAAGCCUUAGCCAAAUACUGCCUUGCUUUAGUUCGUAAGGACCGCCCCAUUUUAGAGCUGAAGGCUGGCAUGAUUGAGCAACUCGAUGUUUUUCUUCAGAGCAAUACCAAGUCAUUCGUUGAUAAGUUUUUACAAGUAACUACCACACGGUCAUACAUACCAAAGAGCUCCAGUUCAUCACUGUCAUCGUCUACAGGGCCAUUUUCGACAGACCCAUCCUCUCCUAGUCUGAAUAAUAAUAGUGACUCUGGCCCACCGCCAUUACCCCCAACCCCAGUUUCAAAGCAGUCAUCUGGCCACUCUCCUGAUUCAACCACCCCCCCAAACGCAGUUCCUCCACCUGCUACCUCUUCAUCUACAGGCAUGCAGCCUGCCCCACCACCACCACCCCCAAGUUCUGCUGCUGCCCCUCCUCCACCACCACCCCCUGAGUCCGCUCCUCCCCCACCAGUCCCUUCAUCUGUCAUCACUCGUAAGGAGGAAGUGUCCUCCUCACAGAGAUCCAGAAAGUCAGAAUCUGAUCGAGAUCGUGAUGAUAGACGGGGGAGUAGAGACAGGUCAAGGAGAUCACGUUCAAGAGGUCGUUCUGGACGUAGUAAAUACGAGGACAGGAGAAGGAGAUCACCACCAACCAAAAGAUAUCGUAGGUCAAGAACACGCUCCCGAACCCGAAGUCCAAGACGGUCAAGAAGUCCACGACGCUCCAGGUCAAGAGAGAGAAGAUCAAGGUCUAGAAACAGGUCGCGCUCUAUCAGUCCGAGAAACAACAGGACAUCAGGCCGAGGGAGAUCACCACCUCCAACCCCACGGUCACCAACACCCCCAAGGAAAUCAAAAUCAUUGCCUAGAGAUGAAAAAAGAGAAAGUCCUCAUGGAACCUCGCCUGUUGCUGAGGUGAGGCCAGAGCCAAGGAGUGAUCCAAGUUCAGUUAUCCAGAGUGUUAUUGCUGUCAAGCAUACAGAUUUUGUGGCACCACCACCAGCGGGCAAGAAACAGAGAUGUCGUGAUUAUGAUG